AAAGAAAAAAAUAAAUAAUAUGUCUGUGUCUUACAGAGUAAAUAGUGACAUUUUAGGUUAGGACACACGCAUCACACUUUGAAACUUAAAAGAAAAUUUUAUGUAUUUUUCCCUUCAUUUGUAAAUUAUGCGUCAGUCGUGACAUUAUAAAUUUUUUUGCGUCGAGCAUGGAAGAAGUGAAGCUGACAUUUUGCGUAGCAGAACUGGCGUGACAAUUCCCUGCAAAGUUUCAGUGUCGCUGCCGGUGUUACAACGAGAGUGCUCUUCGAUGGUCGGACGGCGGAGGUGCUGUCUCGAAUAUCGAACUGUCGGACGAAGACCCGUCAACUGUCAUAGUACUGAGGAACAAGACAUCGACCAAGGACUUCGGAAGCGUUGUCGAACAUCAAGCUAGGGUCGAGAAAACUGAUACCGGUUGUCGGACCAAGUGCCAUCAACCGUUGGACUGACGAAGCGGCGUCGAAGACGGCACUCGGAAACAGAAGUAGGGCCAUCGACAUUCGGACGGCACUGACGAAGAGUUAUCGAUUGUUGGACGGAGUACUAUCGACUCUCUGCUAACUAAUUGCCAACCGACAACUCUCGCAUUCAGGAAAGGCCAUUGACCGUCGAACAUCGGACUGACGAAGCGCUAAAGUCUUCCGGACGAAGUGUUCAAGACUGUCUGCUGACUAACAAGUGUCGUUGGUCGUGUAACUUAGCAAAGCCAAGGCUUCCUCCCCCGUGCAACCCUUGCCGGUGGAAGCGCCGUGGAGCGAUGGCGGAGUCCGGGGAGCACGAGGGCGACUCGCGCUGCCUCAGCGAGCAGUCCCUGCGGGUGCUGCAGCUGUUCCGCCGGGGGCAGACCGCCUCGGCGACCACCUCCCGCUGCGAUGCCUCCACGGCGUCCCUGCGCGCCAGGCGGUGCGAGCAGCGCGCCGCGCGGCUGGCCCGCGAAGUAGCCGAGCUCGGGAGGAAGCUGUCCCUCGAGCGGCACGAGCUGGCCCAGGCGCAGAGCUGCAACGAGGAGGCCAGGCGGUGCUGCGAGGCGGAGAGGGCGUGUCUGCAGGACCAGGAGAGGCGGGUCCUGGCGCGUCUGGAGGCCGCCAGGAAGGACCUGCAGGACCUGCAGAGACAGCGGGCGGAGCUGCGCCAGGUACAGCUGUCCAUCGUCCUUCCUCCGCCGCGGAGCGACACGUGGCGAUGCCUUCUUUCAAAUGAUACAUGCAACUGCAACGGGAAAUUUAGAUUUUAAUUAUUUUUUUUUUAUAUCCUUAGAGACCGGAAAAAAAUCGCGAUUUCAAGGACCUGUAGGAUGGACUCCAUGAUCCUCUAUGCACGCGGGAAAAUUAUUUUUCCUCAUUUGGCUACUGACUCGCGACACCUGUUUAACUGGGACGCUAGUGAUUCGAUACUUCUUUUGUUAAAGUUUUUUUUUUUUUCAUUGGCCGAGUGUCAUUCAGAUGAACUGUGGUCCAAUCACUGAUGCGGUAAAAAGGCAAACGUUUUUGUAUUCUAGACUAUCACGAAAUGAAUACGCGAAUUUUUUCCGGUCUCUAUAUAUCCUUCGUUUAGGGACUGGAAAAAUUCGCGGGUUCAAUGACCUCCAGGCUAGACUCCACGAUCCUGUGCACAAUCGGGCAAACGUCGCCUGUUCAUUGGCUGCUGUCUUGUGAGGCAUCUCAAUUGGGAGACUCGUGAUUCGAUACUGCUUUGACUGAGGGUAGGUAUAUAAUUGGCCCACAGUCCUCCAGGUUAACAGCGAACCAAUGGCAGAAGUUGCAUAAAAAAACACAAUUAUUUGCAUUCUAGCAUAUCGCGAAAUGAAUCCGCGAAUUUUAACUGUCUCUACCUCCGUUGCAGUUUCGCGCUGUUUUGUCACGAAUAAAAAAAAAGUAAAAAUUGAAGAAAAAAAAAAA